AUGUUGAAAACGGAAACUCUCAGAUCUUUCUUUUUUAUGUAUUCUCUGCACAAAAAAGAGUUAUUUACAGUUUCAUUAAUAAAUUCUCAAAUACAAAUAAAUCGCAGGCUCCUCCUGGAUAGUGAAGUGCCUGGAGCUUUUAAACAUUCUCUCGUCACGUCCACGAAAAUCAAGAACCAGAUCCUAUGAAUAGGCUCUUCAAUGGCGUCUUCAAACUCAGAAAGGAGAUGGAUCUUUCCUCUAGCUAUGGCUUCCCUCAUGUUCAUAUUCCUCACAGCUGUAUCUUUCAACAUGGGUCUCCUCUCUUCCGUGCGUUCCAUUAACUCACUCAUCUUCUCCUCAAAUCUACCAACCACAAACGAAACAACCGUUACAUUCGCUGAAUCAAAGAUUAAUAUUAACCAACAUCCUCCUCCAGUUCAGUCUAGUCCUCCUCGCUUUGGUUAUCUAGUUUCAGGUUCGAGAGGUGACUUAGAGAGCCUAUGGAGAGUGUUGAGAGCUUUGUACCAUCCGAGGAACCAGUACGUUGUUCAUCUCGAUCUUGAGUCUCCCGCUGAAGAGAGGCUUGAGCUAGCUAAACGUGUGAGAGAAGAUCCUGUUUUUAGCGACGUUGGGAAUGUUUACAUGAUCACAAAGGCUAAUCUCGUUACAUAUCGUGGACCCACGAUGGUGGCUAAUACUCUCCAUGCAUGUGCCAUUCUCUUGAAGCAGAGUAAAGAUUGGGAUUGGUUUAUAAAUCUCAGUGCCUCUGAUUAUCCUCUAGUGACUCAAGAUGAUCUUAUUCAUACAUUCGCUGGACUGGACCGGAACCUCAACUUCAUCGACCACUCUAGCAAACUAGGCUGGAAAGAAGAAAAAAGAGCAAAGCCUCUGAUCAUAGACCCGGGGCUGUACUCGACAAGGAAGUCAGAUGUCUACUGGGUCACACCUCGUAGAACCAUGCCAACUGCAUUCAAACUAUUCACUGGUUCUGCUUGGAUGGUCUUGUCACGGUCCUUCAUAGAAUAUUGCAUUUGGGGAUGGGACAACCUUCCACGGACUCUUCUAAUGUAUUACACCAACUUCCUCUCUACACCUGAAGGAUACUUCCACACUGUGAUAUGCAACGCACCAGAGUAUUCGAACACGGUGGUUAACCACGACCUGCAUUACAUCUCGUGGGACAAACCUCCCAAACAACAUCCUCGGACGCUCAACAUCAAUGACACGAAGAGGAUGAUUGCGAGUGGAGCUGCCUUCGCACGCAAGUUCAGACACGAUGAUCUUGCUUUGGACAAGAUCGACAUAGAGCUGCUCGGUAGAGGUAAUGGGAACUUCACACCUGGUGGUUGGUGUGCAGGCGAGCCGAAAUGCUCCAGGGUUGGUGAUCCGUCAAGGAUCAAACCGGGUCCUGGAGCGAACCGGUUAAGUGCGCUUGUUAGAAGACUUGUUUGGGCAUCUAAACUGACUCAAAGGCAAUGUAGAUAGGCUCAAUGCACUUGCAGCUGAAUGCUGUCCUUAGUAGCCAAACAAUGUGGAGAUUUUCUCACUAAUUUUGAAGCCAGAAUAAUAUAGCAACUCACUUAUUUUCUUCAUAUAGAAACACUUCUCAAAAAAUACAGUAAACCAUUUAUAAAUUUUAUCUGAUAUAAAAC